UGUUUUUUUUUAUUUUUUUUAAUUUCUUUUAGGGGUCAAGUAUAAAACCGGAAGGUUUUCAAUUUUAAUUUUGGUGGGCGGCCUCUCUUUCUUCACUCAAACUUUUCUUUGAUUUCUUCUUCUCUUUCUCUCUCCUCUCCAGACGCUCAUCGUUCAUUCUCUGCUUUGAACCUUCAAUCCAACAUCUCCUUUCCGCAGAGCAAUGGUUGAAUUAGAGAGGAGUGAAGAAGCCGUGAAUCACAAGUUUCUGCCAAGGGAAGAAAUCGGGUUAGAGAAUGAUAAGAAUAAUAAUGAUUACAACGACCUAAUCCGAGAACAAGGAGAAUGCAGCAGCAGCAGCUCUCCUUCUUAUUAUUUGGACAAAUUUACCCUUUACGAAACCCUAGCCGAUUUCUACAUGAUUGGAAGAGAUGCAGAAGGAAAGAAUUGGAGAGUGAUGAAAAUUGGCAGGUCCAAGCCUUCUGAGCUUGAUUUCUAUGAAUAUCCCACAACUUAUGCAUAUGAAGAAUGUCAAACUUUAUUGCGCAACAUCCAUGAAAAUAACUUAUUGACAGGUGGACUUAAAAUUGUUGCUAAUUGCUACGGCAUUAUAGGUUUCAUCAAAUUUGUGAAAUCUUACUAUAUACUUCUCGUUACUGAGAGAGGUGAUAGUGGGAAGAUGUACGGUCAUCAAUUCUAUUCCGUCGUUAAAUACAAGAUGAUCCCUAUCUGUCAUACUACUGCCUUAAAAUACAUGUAUAAUUCUACAAAAGAGAAUAGGUACAAGAAACUUUUGCAGUUGCUUGAUUUGAGGGAUAACUUCUUCUUCAGUUAUACGUACCCUCUUAUGCAUAGGUUACAACAUAACCUAAGCAACCAGGAUACAGAACAAUCAUGUGAUAAAACAAUGUUCGUGUGGAAUGAGUAUCUAACUCUUCCCAUUCGUGACUGUCUCAAGUCUACUCUUUGGACAGUUGCACUAAUACAUGGCUUCGUCAAACAGGUCCAGCUAUCCACUGGUGGAAACAAUUUCUUCUUAACCCUUAUUGCAAGACGGUCAUGCCGGUUUGCUGGAACCAGGUAUGAGAAAAGGGGUAUCAACAAAGACGGACAAGCUGCAAACGAUGUUGAGAUUGAGCAGAUUGUAUGGCAAGAUAUUGAUGGUAAAUGCCCAACUGAAAUCACUUCAGUUGUGCAAAAUCGGGCUUCAAUACCACUUUUCUGGUCACAGAAACCUUCUUCGUUUUUUAAUCUUAAGCCCGAUAUUCUACUUUCUGAAGACAACGGCUGUUAUGAGGCAACACGGCUUCAUUUCCAAAACCUUCAACUUAGAUAUGGAAUGCCAAUAGUUAUACUGAAUCUGGUUAAGACAUCCAAAAAGAAGCACCGCGAAUAUAUUCUGCAUCAAGAAUUCCAGAAAGCAGUUGAUUCCAUUAAGAAAGACUUGCCUGAGGAAGAUCAGUUGGAGUUUUUGAGCUUAGACCUUGAUGCAGUCUUCCAAAACCAGGAUGCUGAUGAAGUUAUAGAAGUAAAACAUAUGGCUGUAGCUGCAUUGGAGAAAACUGGAAUCUUUUCUUGUCAAAUGCCUCAAUCUAUCAACUUCAAGGCAUCAUCUGACUUGUCAUACACCUGGGUCAACUCUAGUGAUAGCAACAGUAGUUGUAAGGAGCAGAAAGGGAUCCUAAGAUCGAAUUGCCUCGAUUCUUUGGACCGCACUAAUUUUGCUCAAUUUGUUUAUGGCAUGGUUUCUCUUGGUCUUCAACUCCAUACUUUAGGAAUAACUGAAUCCAAAGAAUUGGACUGUCAAAACCCUUUAGCAUUUGACCUGAUGAACCUUUAUCAGGCCAUGGGUGAUGCCCUUUCACAGCAAUAUGCUGGAUCUCCAGCCCACCAUAAGAUAUUCUCCAAGAUCAGGGGUCAAUACAAAAUGGCAACACAGUUUCAGGAGUUCAUGAAAAGCAUUCAACGUCACUGCAGCAAUUCUUUCACGGAUAUCUCUAAGCAACAGGCUAUCGACAUAUUCCUUGGACAUUGUCAACCAGAAUCUGAUAGUGGUGAAUUGACACCCCGAAGAAACAAUUUAUAUCAGGGGCACAAGUGUGGAUGGAUAAACUCUAUCUACUUGAAUAACUUAACCAGGUGUAAUAUAUGUAUCUAUUCUGGGUUCGAAAGGCUAUGGUUAGAAAGCGAUGACUCUGGUCCCCUGCACUUAACAGAACGAUCUGGAAGUUCUCAGCAUCAGUCACAAGAAGGGUUCCCUAUGGUGGACUUUUCUGCUGGCUCAUAAUGUGUCAAUAAUCUUACCCUUUUGUGGCCUCCUAAGUUUGUCAGUUCUGCAGAAGGGAAGGGAAGGGAAGGGAAGGGAAGGGAAGUUUUGACCUGGUAGGCUAAAGACUAAAAUGUUUUUCAAGUGUGGAGUACUAUUUAUCUUUUGCUGGUGUCUUUAUACUCUGAUUCCGAAUGAACAGUUUUGUUGGGGUUCUGCAACAUGGCCAUCUUGCCAUCAGAACUAGGACACACUUUAUAUCAGGGGCACAAGUGUGGAUUUCCUGUUAUAGAUCGAUUUCCAUUAUAGAUGUAUAAUUAGCGUAUACUAGGACACAUAUUCUGAUAUCAAUCUAUUCAAUCCCCAUCUGCAUUACUAAAGCCCUAACAAAUCUAGAUGCUAAGAUCCUGAGACGAACACUGAUUAAUAAGAGACAUAUUCAAGGCUUUACAUCAAGUUAAAGGAAAAAAAGGCAUGAUUUCCAAUAAUAUCAAAGACAGGAAAGACUCUUAAUUGAAAGGUGUUACCAGCAUACGAACAUACCUUUGGC